AUGACGCCCGUUUAUUCUCAAUGGAACCUUCCCACCAUCGACAACGCUAGCGCUAACGACAAGCGAGGCCGCGCCGACAACAGUCAUAACACUCAACAAAUUCAACUACAACAGCCGAGCCUUGUCGUCUCUCCAUCCGAUGACCACUCUCACUCUCACUCUCACUCUCACUCUCACUCUCACUCUCAGAAUCAAGGUCAAAGUCGGAAUCUCCAAUCGUCGCCGUUACAUCUUUCUCCACACCAUGCGUACGCACGAGAUAGCGUGCAGACAAUCAAGUCUGCUGUUUCGAGCACGAGAACGUUAAGGAAUAGUGGGAGGUAUGCGCCGAGUGUGUUUACGUUUAACGCGAAUUGGGCUCCUGCGCCGUUGACGUUCUCCACUGGCGCUUCGACUUCGACUUCCGCGGCGUGGGAUCAGCGCUAUCUGCCUCGGCCUUGGACGAACAACGGCGCGAACAAUGGAAUUGAAGUUGCUGGUGAUGGACUUGCUGUUGACGUUGAGCGCGUAUCGCAUCUUGACUUUGACAGUGAUAGCGACGAGGACGGACUUCCCGUGGGUGCGUACAAUUGGCAUUCACAAAGAAGUGGGAAUGGAUUUGGGUAUUUACACGAGGAAGAGGAAGACGAUUACCCAAACUCGCCCGGUCCGACGCCAACUCAGGCUCGCACCAAUCCUUAUCCUUAUCCCUACCCCGGCGCCGACGCUGAUGAUGGCACCGACACCAAUGCUAACUCGCCCGACCCUUAUGCGAUUGCGAAACUCAAUGCUGCGUACCUUGCGAGUUACGGAUACACCAACGGGUUGGGAUACGAGAGGCCUCCAUCCUCUUUAUCUUUAUCAAACCACUCGUCGGACUCGACGUCUUCGCCUUCCGAGUAUUCGAAGUUUUCUUAUCGGGACGAAGAGAAGGCUUACGGUGGACUCGCGGGUGAAUAUCUUUACGAAAAUGCUGCUGGAAAUUCGAAAUUAACGUAUCCCCAUCAAUCCUCCUCAGCAUACCGAAACACGGGAGCACGAUUCCCACCGCCACCACCACACGCAUGGUCCCACUCACUCAACAAAGCGACGAGUGCGUUGUUGUCGUCCCUGUCCCUGGAUACUUCCCUGCGCGAUGACCCGUACGAGGCGUGGGAAGCUUUGUGUUGGGACGAGGCUGCUCCUGAAUCGGAAGUCGGUUCCGUUAAUCUCGACAAUUUCGAUUCGAAUGGGCAGUUUGGUGCUGUUGGCGGUGUUGGUGGUGCUGGCGUUGCUGAGGGAAGGAGAGAAGGGAGGGUAUAUGCGGAUGCGUCGAGGAGAGAUGGCAUGGUUGGUGUUCCGGCAUGGGGUGCCUCUACGAAAGUGCCUUACGAAGACCCUACACAAGAAUGGCGCGAGUUCUUGUCUUCGGAAUCCUUACCGUCGCUAGACCCACCUGUGUUCGCACCGAUAUACGAAGAGGAUGGCGAGACGGAGGUGGACGUCGAUGUCGCUCUUGGCGUCGAUGUCGGUGUUGGUGCAGACGUCAAUAUGCAAACUCACUUGAACUCAAAUUCAACCGAGCUGGCUAACGGUACCUCCACCGCAAUAAAGAGAACGACAACAACUCGAAGUGCCUCUACUUCCGAGUCCGGUUCUCGUUCAAUGGCGACGACCGUUACGGGUGGUACGGGUGGGGAGAGCUCGGAAGAGUGGAUAUCGUUGACGGGUGCGAGGGCGCAGGCUGCGCGGGCGAGGAUAUUGCCUUCGAGAGCUUUUGCAAGAAUGGAUGCUGGGACUGGUGAAUUGGAAGUGCACACUCCAUUACCUACUCAAGCACAAAUGGACACCUCAAUUCUUGCUUCAAGCACGGACGCAUGUGCAGAGUCAUUUCAAACGCAGAUGCAACAGCAUACACGAACACCAGUUGACCCAAUCCUCGUCCGUACGCCUCCCUUACACAUGGCCUACACCUCCAACAAUCCUAAUAGUAACGGAGUCGGGGGAGUUGUGGGUGAGGGAGGGACGUUCGGCGUCGGUCGUGAAUCUCUCGAGCAAUUUGGUAUUAUGAUGGAGGGAAUGGUGGGAGAGGAAGGAGAGACAGCACCUCAUUAUGGAGAGUGUGAGAGGGAUCGGUUGGUUACUAGUUCGAUGUCGAUGUCGAUACCGUUGCCUAUCCCAAUGCCGACGACGAUGGAGGGAGAGGGAAUAAGACAAGGACAAAGGGAAGGAGAAGGAGAGGAGGGAAGAGACCACCCGCCGCCGUAUGAGGCGUCUGUUUGUGCGAGUGGGUUUGAGCUGGGGAUGAGUUUGUCGGUGCCGCAGGGUGCUGGUGAGGAGAGGGAUGAAGAGAGGGAGGCGGGUUCAGAGACUUCCACUGCCCCUGCAAAUACUAGUGCUAUCCCGGAAAGAAGUGCUGGUGUUUCUACACCUCAACCUGCUUCACCGCACCUCCAUCCUCUCACUCAUCCUUCACCAACAUCAACACCAACUCCUCAGGUCACACUCGCACCCCCACAUCCGUCCCCGUCACCUGUCUACGGGCCUGCUCCUGCCUCUGCUUCCAUCUUGACUGGACACAGACACGACGGACACGAACGCACGCGAAGCCAACUAACCUUCCCCACCUCCCCAACCACUACCAACACCACAUCCGACGACUCAUCCAACAGCCAAUACAGUCGACACAGUCGGUAUGGGAGAAGACAGAGCCAAUCAGUACCAACAUUGUUGACCUCUCCUCAUUCUCUGCAUUCUCCUAUUUCGCCUUACUCUCCCCGUUCGCCUCGUUCACCGUAUUCACCUUACUCGCCUUAUUCACCUACAAGUGCCUCGAACGAGACGGAGACUGAGACGACGUUGAUGACUCCCUCGGGUACGAACUCGAAUGCGAAUAUGGUUUUCGCGAGUUUAUUUAGUGGGUCGUCUGGGGUUGGAAUGAGGGGUACAACCGGGAGUGGAAGUGGGAACGGGAUGGUUGGUGGAGAAGGAAUUGGGUACUCACCUGGUCCUGCUUCCGCUUCGUUCAAAGGUAGUCGUGCUGGAGGCGUAUUCGGAAUCGGUAAAGGGGAGAGCGCGAAUGGGAGUGUGAAUGGAGGGAGCAGACCAAACUCACCGUUUAGCAUCCUCUCGCCGAUCACACCUUCUCGAUCUGGCGGGUUUAACCUUAACUUCGGACACCAUACCUCUACCUCUUCGUCGGUAUCCCAAAAAGACAAAGAAAAGGAGAAAGAGAAGCAGAGUUCAAAUUUGAGGGUAGGAGCGAGACCAAGAGGGGCGAGGACUACUGCGGGGACAUGGUUGAGUGCGUCGGCUGCUGGGCCGUAUGAUAGUAGGAUGAGUGCGGGAAGGGCAGGGAGGGUUAGUUCGACUGGGUCUGGGUCGGGUUCUGGAUCUCGUUCAGGUGGGAAUACGAGUUCUGAAGGAGAAGCGGGAGGAAAUGGAAGAGGAGGUGGUGAUGGAGGAAGGAGAGAAGGAUGGACCUCAGCACCUGCUUCUUCCGCCGACUUCAACUUCUACGGACCUGCGAACGGAGGAGUGAGGGUACGAGUUAGUCGGGAGGUGAUUCGGGAGAGUGAGGACGAGCCCGUCGGGAAUCAAAAUCGAAAACGAGAACAAGAAGUAAGAAGAGAAGUAGGUGUAGGUGAGAGACGAGCGAAGACACCUGGACCUACACCCGUCGUCCUUCCCCUACAAAGAGAACGGAGGAAGGAAGAGUGGGAACUUGUCGAACCUCCUUUGAGGGAGAUGUCGAAGUCUACUCCGCCGAUGUUGUUUGGUCCUGGUCCUAGUUCUGGUCCGAAGGGAGUUGGAGUUGUAGGUGGAGGAGCGAGGAACUUGUCGACGAGCUCGUUUACUGUGUUUGCGGACGCUUCUUCACGUGCGAACACGAAGACCGAUCUGGAGGGAGGAUGGAGGUCUUGUUCGGCUGAGGACCUCCCGAGCGAAUCGACUUUCUCCCAACGUCCCCACGAAAGAAAUCAAAAUCAGAAUCAAAACCAGACGCGAAACCGAAGUUCCUCGUCCGUCUCGAACACCAACACCGCUCUCACCACCGCCACUCACAACACAAACAACACGAAUAACACGAACACGAACGCGAGCAAUACGAGUAAUACGAGUAACAGCAGUAGCAAAACACUCCAACGCUUCGCCUCGCGUUGUGGGACGAUCUCGCGUCGGAUUGGUGUCGUUGCUGGUGUGGGCGUUGUUAGUACGAAGGAUUGGUGGAGGACAAAUUGA